UUGACCUCGGUCACAUUAUCAAUUUUUUUCUGUACGGUUACUGUUUUUUUAUUGUUUGUGUCUGUCAGUAUCAACUGACAGCUGCAUACUGCACUCAGAAAGCUUCCAUAAAAUGAUGAUGCGAUCAGAAACUAAUUUCUGACUGAAUAUUCAAGGUUCACAGUACAAUGUGUUGCCACUCUCUCCAUGUACAAAAUUUACACAGGAAGGAAAGUGUUUAUGCAGUGCUGUUGCUUCUGGAAAAAAAUACAUAAAUGACAUAAUAAAAUGCUCAAAAAAUCGAUAUUUUUUAUUAAAAAGAGAAAGGUCCAGGUGCAUGGACUGUUGAUCCAAAGCACUGAGUGAAGGGAAUUAGCAUGUUUCCACUGGCAACAUGGUCUGGUGAUGAAGUCACUUUCUGCUCCAACAUCAAUCAUAUCAAGGUCCACAACACAGCAAGACAGACAGUAUAACUGAUGAAAAACAUUCACUAAUUUGCAGUCAAGCUUUUGCAUUCACGUAAGUUUGUUUAAAAUGUUUUGUAAUGUGUUACACAUGAUGUGGGAUUGAAAUACCCGUUUCCUAAUCAGUUAUGGUGCAGCCCACAUGACUGAUGAGUCAUUUCACCUUUUUGUUGUCUUUGACCCCAGACAGAAUGACACAUGGUCAAUAUGACAAAAUAGUUACAACUUUCAAGAUUAUCAACAACAAAGAUUAAUAUCCAUUUUUCUCAUUUUCAGUUCAUAACAUAGAGUAUACCAUCUGGUUGGGUGCUUGUGGAAAGUGGAAGUAUAAAAAAAAAAAAACGAGUAUCCCAGACUGCGUCACUGAUGGUGAUAAAAUAAAUGCAACAUUUUGUGGGUCAAUCAUCUUUUUUUCUUUUUUUAAAAAAAAAUAUCUAUGAGCAAGUCCAAGUUUUCAUAGUGAAGCAGCUACUAGUUGGACUGGCACAAGAUCUUGGAUGUUCAUGGUUCCUGGAUGAUGAGUGAUGAUCAGUGAAACAUUAGUGAAACCUUGCGGUCAUUCUAUGAAAAAUCAGCUUGCCUCAGAUUCAGCUGACUUUUUUGAAUGAUAAUUUCAGUAUAUUUAAUGAAGUCAUGCAAAAUGUUGCAAUCACGCUAUGAAUACUUUCAGAGUUACGAGCUUUAAGGUAGAAGUGGGACGAAAUUUCAUUCAUUUUAGUUUGUGCUAUUCUUUGCACAAUUUUCAAGCCCUUGAACUUCAUGUCGAUCUAAAACCAAAAGCUUUUUUUGUUUGGCAUGAUGUUGCUGAUAACCAACUUUUUGCAUCAUUGUUACGGGGUAUGACACCGUCUCAAUAGCAGAAUUGCACCACUUUGACAUUUAUGACAUAGAAUACUAGAAACAAGCAGAAAGAAAUGAAACAAUAAGCUGAUUCUAAGAUAGUCAGGUGGGACUUCUCAAGUUGUGGUUGAUUUUGUUUGGGACAGCCUUUUUUAAGACCUCGUGAGCACACACACAACAACUAAAGCUCAAAUGAAAGAAAAAAACUACAAGUAUGGUAGGACUUUCAGCUCCUACUGAUAUAUAUAUAUAUAUAUAUAUAUAUAUAUAUAUAUAUAUAUAUAUAUACAUUUUUUUUUUUUUUUCUUCGGGUCAUUUUACUAUUUACAGGGUAAGAAAAUCCAUAAACAAAGACAAAAAAAAGAAUCCUACUGAUAUUAACCCAAAUGUUUCAUGCUAUAGGAGGAGGUCCGUUUCCCGCUGUGUUGGAUCUGAGCAGUGCUAGAUUUGAGAAAAGAGCCUGUCUGCUGGCCAACAAAGGAUUUGUGGUCCUCUCAAUAGCCUUGUAACAGGACAACCCUGCCGAAGUCAAAGAGAUGCACCUGGACCAUUUUGAAGAAGCAGUUAAUUUCUUAAAAUGGCAUUCUAAGGUGGGCAGUAAAGGAAUUGGUGUAAUAUCAAGAUCAAAGGGAGGAGAUAUUGCACUUUCACUUGCUGCUUUUGUGCCAGGUGUUGAAGCUGUAGUGUGCAUCAAUGGCUGCAACGCCAAUACAGCUUUUCCUCUCUACUACAAGAAACGUCUGAUACUUCCGCCAUUAUCGUUUGACUUCAAGAAGUUCAUUCCCACUGAGUCAGGGGCUGUCAUUGGCACGCAUGUUCUUGAUAAUCCCCUGGCAGAGGAGAACAAGGAUACCCUGAUCCCCAUUGAAAGAGCAAAGGGACAUUUCCUCUUUGUGGCCUCAGAGGAUGACCUCAACUGGGACAGCAAGACUUACAUGGACCAGAUGGUGGAGAGACUGAAGCGUCAUGGGAAGGAGAACUUUGAGAGUGUGUGUUACCCUGGAGCUGGACACCUACUGGAGCCACCUUAUGGACCCCACUGCGAAUCCUGCCCUCAUUACUUAAGUGACAAACCAGGAAUGUGGGGGGGUGAGUCCAGGUCCCAUGCAGCAGCUGAGGUCCACAUGUGGAAAAAGAUCCAGGAGUUCUUCAGAACUCACCUGAGCUGUGAUGCUGCACAGUUAAAAGCCAACUUAUGAAUACAAAUAGAAGUAUCUAAUAACAAAGUAAUCUAGUCAAAUUUAUUUAGAAAUCACUUUAAAACAACCAGAGUCGACCA